ACGAGCUAAAGGUUAAGUACGAGCGUGCGCGUGCGCGUGCGCGUGUACACACGUGAUCACGGUCCGGAAGUAGACUUCUAUCACCUGCAUUCAUGGUCGGUGUGUUGUUGUUAACGUUAUUUAAUACACUAGAUAUUAGAUCUUGACUGAUCUUGUAUGAUUGCCGAACGGAUGAGAAAUGACGAGACUCUCCCUUAGUACGAAGUAGUGGCUGUACCGCAGCAAUACAUGGGUCAGACGAUCAACAGUGUAUGAGUCAAUUCAUGUCAUGUUUAUGAAUGUCGUAAAACAUUUGAGGAUGCACAUCUCCAUCACGUAUCUCACUAAAUUUAUUAUCUACUCACUGCAAGCGUUUGACCAUACGCAUGCCUUUUUGACCGCAUCACAUUCACCAUGGCUUACUGAGAAGUUACCGGCUGCCCUGCGACAUGAACACCAACAAGAAGAAACCUCCAUAGGCACAGCCCAUGAUGGCCUGAUCCGAAGCCCGAAAUGGGUCCUCAUGGAUAUUGUUGCUAUUGUGCAUGUAGAGGAAAUCGGCAAAGAAAACUCUCGCAUUAUUUUCGCAACUUCACGAUUCAGAUGCCUUCCUAAUUUCGCAUCGUCGCCGAUGCCCGAGAAAAAAGCUUCGUGCCGAGCCGGCGCCGACCACCAAAAAUCGAAAAAUUGCUUCCGAGUUUCCUUCCACACAAAAGGUGGCAGAACAAGAACUCACAGCUCGGGUCUUUGGGUGCUUUGCCCUCAGCGACAGUCCUGCAGCGCAAACAGGCAUUAUCAUCACGUGAUAUUACUCACACACACGCAAGCCUGGCUUGUAUUAUUGGUUCACCACUGUGUGUUUCACUCGUGAGCUGUAGUUCAACAUUUGACUCCGUAUCUUGAUCGCGGCGUUCCUAUCAACGCAUCAAAUCAUCCUGAUCUCACGCGACAAACGC